AUGUUAAAGCGUUCAGCGAGGCAGCUGACGCCCCCCGCUUCGGAGGACCCCAAGCGGCCCAGAUCGGCGGCCGGCUUCGCCCCCUCAGUACCAGUAGGCGCUUUCGGCCUCCCCCAAAGUGUUCUCGAUAAUAGCUCCCUUUACGACGAGAUUCGCGAUGGACCACGCUGGUUCGAGAGCUUGCAGACUUCUAUAGAAGCCCUCGAAAUCGAGGCGCGUGAGGCUGUUCUAAAAAGCAAGGUGACAGUAACUGUGGGGUCUUUUGGUCGCCAAUCGAGUAACGGGCUCUCCGCGAUCGAUGCCUACAACCUCUCACGGGACGUUUGCCGGGUUACAAACGCGGUGCUGGAUGAGCAUAUUCCGAACCCGGUCCCAUUCCUGAAUCUGAGCGUGCGGGGCGCUGGCGCAAGAGAGCCCAUUACAAACGGCAAAAUUCCGGACGGCUGCGCGACCGCGCACUUCACCAGCGCGUACCAGGUCCUGCGACUCGGCAAUGACGGCCUUCUUGACGUUGUUAUUGCUGUGGGGCUUACAUCUCUUCCUGUGGCGCCUUCUGACGCGCUCACAUUCUUCCCGGGACUGGCCUCAAACACGUCAUCGCUGAUCUACGUUUCGAGAUACGCGCACGACAUCGGAGAAGAACAGAUAUCGCGUUACGUACCAGGAUACCUGGGGAAGACUCUGGAGGUGGUGAUGACCCACGUGCGUCGCGUAAUGAUCUGGUCUAACAUGGGUGACGGAAGUGAUCUCGCGCGGACGGUCGUAUCAGCCAUUGACACAGUCCUAAACCGUCUUAUAGCCGAAAUGUCGCUGUCGUCGGACGACCGAAACGGCAACCGAUACCGGCGGAUCCCAAGCCGAGGCAGACUGUCGGCGACUGCACCCGCGCCUCCUCCGCCAACGGAAGAGCUGAGGCGCUACGAAGCCUCGCCGGCCCCUCAGCGUCCUGAGGCCCCGUCUCUACCCUCCAAACCCUGGCGCUUGUAUGAGGACUCGCCCGGAGAGAUCCGCUGUGCCUGCCUCAUCAUCACCUGCAGGCUCUCUCUGAAGAACGAAAAGGGGGCACGCGCUCAUCAGAAGGAGUGUCUCUUUCGGAACGGCAAGCGGAGAAACUCUGCCCGCAUUCUACCCCUCGAUCACCCCGUCUUGCACCACUAUUGGAUCACGCCGCCCGGAAUAGGCAGUGACGCUCAAGCACGCCCAUCUGUCACGAUCCUGGACGCGGAGGGAGUGCAGGUAGUGCAGGACGGGCGGGACGCGGAGGACGGCCUCAAUGAUUCCGCCGCCGCGUGCUCCGACGAGGAUGAAGACGAAGAUGUCGAGGACCAGCGCGAGGUGGCCGAGGACCCGCAUGAAGCAGCCGAGGACGCUGCAGGAGGCGAUGAGGCGAGUGCAGACUCGGCGCCGAACACGCUCCGAGUGGACGGGGAGGCGAAGCUGGGCGCUGAGGUCAAGGUGAGCGUUCUGCACAGUUCCGAAGCUGACGUCAACAGGAAGACAGCGAUCGGUUGUGAGUGGCUGGGGGUGGGAGUGAGGCAGGACGGCAUGGGUGGGAAGGUCGGGGAUGACGGUGCCAAGGUCGACGCGCUGAUGCCUGCCAACCCACCGGGGCUCGCACCUGCCAACGCGAGCGGGCAGAUGGUGGGGAGUGCUGGGCGACUAGCUGAGAUCUGA